AUGCCGGCGGAGUCUUUACAGGGAAUAGAAACUGAGGAAGAAGCGGAAGGAGACAGACAACAAAGAGAGCAAGGAAACCAGACGUCCCAUAACAUCGUGUCUUUAAUCUCACAGCUCGCAGAUGAUAAUUUAACACUUGUGCGGGUAGGAGACUUUGUCAUGUGAAAACCUGGUGGUGCAUGAAGCAGCAAUAUGGUAACAACACGGUCACUUAGGAGAGGUGGCUGCAGCUCAACCAUUUCUAAUGACAGUUUAGGUGAAGCAGGAGUGCACGCUGUAUUAUCAUGCAUGCACCUAUGUCCCGUUUAUCAUAUAUCCUUUCUACACUACUAGGCCUUCAUAUCAAUGUGGUUUACACCCUUAAAAUGGUUCGUUCUCACAGGAAAUACUGGAAGAAAUACUGUAGAAAUAUCUCAAGUAUAGUUUAUUGUGCUCUGUUGACUCCUAGACCAUCAAAGUUUCAGUCAAGACAGUUGCAGACGUGGCCCCUUCAAGAGGGCACUUUGAAUAUUUGAGGUCCUCUGUUUGGUUUCAUUUAGUGUAAAAACACACUGUAAAUACAGUCAGACAUCCUUUAAAGAGUCUUUAAUACCUCUGUUUUUACAUAAUCUUUGGUGAGGUUUCCCACUUUUACUCUGGUUGAGGCAGAUGGCUGUCCACUAACAAGUCUAGUUAUGCUCAAGCUUUCUACCUGUUUUAAAGGGAGGUUUUAUCUUUGUUAUAAUGUUAGGUCUCUGUGAUAUCUUAUUCCAAAGAGUGCUGUCUAAUUGUGCAUUACAAGCUGAUUUUGUCUUGAUAUGAUACUAGAAAGAUUAAAAUGUAUGACUUUUUCUUAAAUCCUUUGAUUCUGUUUCGCCCCUCCAACAGAACUUAAGCACUGCUCUGGCAAUUGCUGGUGUUGUUGUCAUUGCAAGGAGUAUCAGACUGGUAAGAAACACUAUGGUGCAAAGUUAUUAAUGCUGUUAGAUUGAACAGUUGAAAAUAGGAUUGUGUAUUUUAUGUUUCCAUGUUCAUAAAUAAAUUUACUAAUUUUACUCCCUCCUCUGCAAAGUGGAGAAUGUAUCUUGUACCUUGAAGAUUUACUUGAUUUAUCGUCCCUUUUUCACAUCAUUUAAACGCCACUGAUUUUUCCCAUCUUGUCCGCUUCAGAUCACUAAAUUCCGAGCUGCAUCGAGGGGAACGUCAGCCUUCGUGGGAAAGUUUGUUGUGUCACAGAGCGAGGGCUGGAAGUGGAACAUGUCCCGAUUUAUCUCCCGGUCCUCUCACCGUUACUUUCAAACCAUAAAGGUAAUCUGGGGGAAUCAUAUGAGUGAAACAAUGAGGGCAUGCAGACAUACACAAACGCAUAAAGCCUCCAGCUUGUGUGUAUGACCUCCAAUAACACAAAUCCCAGCUGCUUCUCUACUCCUCUCUUUUAUCUGAUUACAGCACAAAUGUCAUUUUUAUUUUGUACAGUCAAUGUUUCAUCAUAUCAUUUUUUUUCAUGGAUGAGAGUGACGGUUAAGCUUGUUAUCAGUGUUAUCAAAUCAUGGCAUUCACUCAGUGAUAAAAUCAAGCAGCUUAUUCUUAGUAUAGAGUGCUCCAUCAGCACCUCGAGCAUGAAGGUCUCACUAAAUUGAACAGAUUGUUCUCUUCUGCCGUUAUAUAAAACAUUACUCAAGUCCUGCUUGACCUUUAGCAUUUCGAAUGUGGUCAGACCCAACCCUUUAAAAUUUGACUGAUUCACAAACAUGCUUUAGUGAUUAUCUCCAACUUUGGGAUGCAGCUUUUCCUAAAACUGUAGAGCAAAAGCAGUGAACAUCCUGAAAAUUGAGCUUGUUUUGUUUAAUAAAAAAAGAAAGUAAACAAAGAUGUAUUAAUCAGAAAGGAAGCUAACGAAACACGCAUGUUAAGUAUAGGCAUUCACCGUCAUUAGUAUUCCUCUGGGUGUAGACACUGGGGUCAUACAGGUGGGAAUGAAAUUGCAGAAGGUCACUAAUGACCUCUUGUGCAACACAUCAUUAGGUUACUUCAAGUAGGUUGUUUGAACGCUGUACAAGCUCUUAUGAGAUAUCCGACAUCUAAUUUUAUUUGCAGAUUUAAAGACUGUUUGGACUUGGUUGCAAUGCUGUAGACUUAUCACAGUCAUAGAUCUGUAUGAUACCACUCUGUCUUGUAGGGACACUCAUUUAAAUAUCUUUAUAUAAUAUUAGAGGUAUUUUGUUUGUCAAUAGUGUGUUCCUACAUUUUUUUAUCUUGUUCUUUUCUAUCAGUUAUUUUAGAUAAAUCUGUUUUAUUUCUUUUUCAUCUGCCAAAAAGUAUGAUAAUGAUGAUGUCCUUUUGAUGUCCUUUUUAGGUGUACACACGUCUCCGAUGCUGGUGCAUCUUGCAGGAGUGGAGCUGA